GGCGUUUGGUGGUGUCAGUUGCCCAGCUCCCCUGUAAGAUCAAGCCCGAAGAAGAACAGCGCCGCACGUCGUCCAUCAUCCAAGGACCGCCGCCGCCGUGACCCUUCGACUUUCUCUCUUACUUGUACUACCCGUCCCAUCGACCUACCAACCUACGUACCACCACCAACGCCGACAACCCGACCCUCGUCGACGGAACUUGUGCCUUGUCCCUUUCUCACGUGGUCAACUUGCCUGCUUGGAACAAGUGUCCUUGCUUGUCGGCAACAGGAAACGAACCUGGUGAGUUCUAGGGAUGCAUAGGAGUGCGAAGCACAGCGACAGGUCAAUGGCCACCACCUCGUGUGGUCGUUGGCUUGGCUGCAUGUGGAGGUGACGACAACAAACGAAGUCGGUUAUUGACCGAACUCGUUUUGUCGUAGACUUCAGUUGGAGCAAUUGUCUUUGAACAAAGCCCCUCUCAAGUCGUGGAAACACAUAAGACCUCAGACACGAUGUCGACGUACACGUUUUCGUUCACGAACGAUUGGGUGUUUACCGACACAGAGUUGAAGGCGUCACCGUCUUCCAAAAAAGGCAUCUCGUGGGACCAAGAACUGGACCUGCGGAAGAAUGGCAUCAUCUUUUACGAGAGCAUGGCCAAGAUCUUCCGAGUCCCGCGCCAGGCCAUCGCCACUGGCAAGCAGCUCUUCCACCGGUUCUUCAUUCGCGAGUCGUUCACGGACCACGACAAGUACCUGGUGGCGGCGACAUGUCUCUUCUUAAGCGCCAAGGCCGAAGAUCACUCGUUAGCCGUGCACAACUUUGCCGAACACUACAUCUCGAAGCGCAAGGAAGUUACAAUGGAGUUUGCGCUGCGGUAUCACACGGUGGAGAUGAUUGCCGAAGCCAUAUUGCAGAAGGAAUAUGCCGUGCUGCACACGUUGGCGUUCGACUUGGACGUGGCGUUCCCGCAUUUGAUCUUGAGCGACAAGAUCGACAGCCUCGUGGCUCUUCAUACCCAUCUGUCUGUCGCGGAGAAGGAAGCACUCACCAACACAAUGAUGAAGAACUCGUGGAGCUUCCUCAACGAUUGCUCGCGAACACCGCUGUGUCUGCGCUUGAAGGCGGACGAGAUCGCCGCGGGCGCUGCCUACCUCGCUGGCACCAUUGACGACACUGUCCCGUGCACGAUUCGAACCAAGGACGGCGAGAACUGGGAGUAUGUGCUGAGCGAUAACCAGAACGGCUUGAUUGAUGCCGCGACCAUGAUCCUUGAAGUGUACGUGUCGAUCAACGAGGCCACGCUGAGCCCGUCCAUCGUGAAGCUGCUCAACAUGUUCCACCCCUACCGUGGCAUGGAAGAGUUGGAACCGAUACCGGAUGCGUUGACCAAGAAGGCCUCCAUGUUGGACGACGGCGUGGACACGGACUUUGAGAGCGACGUGACCACCCCGCCGGCCGACCGGACGCUGUUUGACGACGACUGUGGCUUCGACGGCGUUAUGAACGCGUCGAGGAAACGUGCGUUGGAGCCGUACGGGUCGCCUCCGUACUCGCCCGACUCCCCGCCGUAUUCCCCGUGCACUCCGCCGUACAUUUGCAGCACCACCACCAGCGCGAAGCGGCCGCGCUGCGUGUGAAAGAGGUCCGUUGGAUCUCAUAUUUAUGACCAAAAACCACCCACAAAAAAUAUUUAACCCACCACCGACCACCCUCGAAGAAAAAAGAUUGAGUUUGUGAUAGAGAAUAGUUGCUAGAAAAAAAAAAGACCCCUUGUUAGGACCCCCACUAGAUAUGUUUAUUAAAUCGGCGGCUGCCGCUCAGCCAACCAAAACCCAACGAAUUCACAUAAUAAAAAAAAACGAUAAAGUGAA